AUGUAUAGAACGGAUACUUGCAGUCUAUCUUCUUCCUUAAUCUAUGCACUGUUUUCAACUCCAACCGAUCAAUUGAACAGUAGCAUCUUAUCAAUUCUGAGUGGGCUUUCAUCCCUCAAGUCUUUGGAUCUAUCAUUAAAUAAGUUGACAGGAUCAGGUUGGUGUGAAUUGAAGAAUUUGAAGCAGUUAGAUCUCUCCGGAAAUAAUUUUAGAGGUUCACUCCCAGAUUGUUUGGGAAACUUGUCAUCUCUACAACUAUUAGAUGUUUCUGGUAACCAAUUUACUGGAAAUAUUGCCUCCGGUCCUCUUACCAAUCUCAUAUCCAUUGAAUCCCUCUCACUAUCAAAUAACCUCUUUGAAGUUCCCAUUUCAAUGAAGCCUUUUAUGAACCACUCAAGCCUCAAGUUCUUCUCCAGUGAGAACAACAGACUAGUAACAAAACCCAUGUACUUUCAUGAUUUGAUUCCAAAGUUCCAUCUAGUCUUUUUCCACUUUUAUACAUAUAGUAGAACAUUAGAAGCAGUCAAUGUAGAAAUUCCCAACUUCCUUUAUCACCAAUACGACUUAAGAGUCCUUGAUCUCUCAUACAACAACAUCACUUGAAUGUUUCCAUCGUGGUUGCUUAAGAACAAUAAACGAUUGGAGCAAUUACUUUUGAGCGAGAACUCUGU